ACCAAUAUCGUUGGUGGGGACGGCGGACUUGGGCGGCUUGAUUCGCUCCAAAUUCGAGCCCAAUUUAAUCAGUUUCACAUUAGUGCUUCAGCCGAACGGUUCGCGUCGACGUCUGUUUGCAAAAAACGGCGUCUUAAACCAUUCCUGGGACAACGUAGUGUCCUCUUAUCGCGCUUUUCUUGCUCGUGUUUGCAGAAUCCAUAGCCGGAUAACCGACGUCGACAAGAUGCUAAAGUUCGUCGCCAUUGCCACCGUGGGGCUGCUGUUCUGUGCCGUCCAGUGCGUCAAAGUGGACUACUACGGUUCGCUGUACAAUCCAAAGGACGAGCUGCACGCGCCAUACCACGAGAAGGAGGACAAGCAGGACUUUAGCAAAAUUCCCGGCGUGCCCGGUGUCGACUAUCCGAUCUACCACGAGGUGCCGCACACCAGCUUCCACUGUGGCAACGUGCCCGCCAUCCCCGGCAUGUACGCGAACGUCGAAACCGGCUGCCAGGCCUACCACACCUGCCACGAUGGGCGCGAGGGACACCAGGGCGCGUCCUUCCUCUGCACCAACGGUACGCUGUUCAAUCAGAAGGAAUUCGCCUGCGACUGGUGGUACAAUGUCAAGUGCGAGGAAGCGCCCAGCUACUACCAUCUGAAUGCCGACCCCGAGCACAACCCCUUCACGCCCAAGCACAAGCCGGAGGAAGAGCACCAGCACCAUAAGAAAUUCCUCAUCCACGUCUAGACUGGUGAUGCUUGUUUCCCCUUCUGCCGUUGUUGUUGAGAUUCACAUUCUCUCACUCUAUUCAUCUAGCCGUUACGGCCGUCUUGUUACUGUUGUAAAUAUUUUUUCGGAAAUAUAUAUGAACUGUUUUUAACCUUUUUCAUCACAAUCAUCCA